AUGGAUAGAAAUUUCGGAAGCCAUUCGGGGAUGCAGAAGCCACCCUCGAAUCCCCAAUCUAAUCCAUUUGGGAACGCCUUCUAUGGAGGACCAGGCUCUGGACUCAUUCGCGAGGGACUGAGUUCUUAUGGAGGGAGAUUCCUGGGAUCAAGCUCAGAGUUCAUGCAAAGCAACGUAUGUUCAUCCCCUCUUUUGUGAUCCUCUGCUGUUCAUUUCUUCAUGAAACAUAAUCGAUCGUCUGAGUUGGACCGUCUGAUUCUGAGACAAUCAUCUGAAGCUACUGAUAAUCACCGCUCCUCGUCUCAUGAUGGACAGAUAAGCAGCUACUUCUCCGACCCUCAAUACUACUUCCAGGUCAACGGGCAGUACGUCAGGAACAAGUUGAAGAUCAUACUCUGCCCUUUCCUCUACAGGGUCAACCCCCCCUUCCAAAUCAUCAUCUUUGCUAAUUUCUGCGUCUGUUCUCGCAUCAUCUUUGCUAUUUCUGCUACACACAGGGCCACUGGACCAGAAUCAGCGAGCCAAUGGGGGGCCGGAUCUCCUACAAGCCCCCAAUCUCCGACGUCAACGCCCCCGACCUCUACAUCCCCCUCAUGUCCUUCGGCACCUACCUCGUCCUCGCCGGAUUCUCCCUCGGGCUCUGCGGAAAGUAGGAUAAAUCUCCUCCAUCCAGAAAUAGCAAAAAAUCAUCAUCAGAACCGGCAGAGUCUCCUCUCUGAUCCGAUCGAUCUUAAACAGGUUCAGCCCCGACGCGCUGACUCUGCAGUUCUCCAAGGGCCUGAUCGGGUGGCUGCUCCAGAUCCUCCUCCUGAAGGGGCUGAUCUACUCUGCGGGCGGCGGCGGAGAGGCGGCGCUUCUGGACGUGGUGGCGUACGCCGGCUACGCCUUCGCCGGAGCGGCGAUCGCCGUCGGAGCGAGGAUCUUCUCCCGCCAUGCCUUCUACCUCGUGCUCCCGUUCGCCGGCCUGUGCGGCGGCGUGUUCCUGGUGAAGACGAUGAAGAGGAUCGUCUUCAGCGGGGGGAGGAGCUACGAUCAUGGCGGCAGGCUCAACUACCUCCUCCUCUCCCUGGUCGCCGCUCAAUUCCCCCUCCUCCUCUGGCUCGGAAACGUCUGCAGAUGA